AUUGGUUGCAAGCUACAGGACCAUCACAUAACUUUAUUAGAAGAAAUAUCGAUAGUAUUAGAGUCGUCUCUGUGAAAGCCAAAUACCAGAAGGAUUUCAACCAAGGAUGUUUGUUGAUAAAACAUCUGUUGUCGACGAAGGAAAAACAGAGACGCGAGGUUUCUGGAUGACAGUGCGGAGUGAACUUGGAAUGAGAAAUCCUUCUGGAAAACGACCACUGGGCAGACCAAGAAAUAGAUGGGAAGAUAACAUCAAGAUAGCUCUUUGGGAGAAUGGCAAAUGGAUGGAGUUGGCUCAGGAUCGUGGCCGGUGGCGGGAUUUGGUGUUGUCGGUGUUGGACCUGAGAGUUCUGCUACCUGGGGGUCCGAAAGAAGUUUGCGAUGAGUUGAAACGACACCACUCCGAGCUGAAAUCCUCUUCCCUGGACCACGGCGGGAAUCCCGAGCACCACUCCGGUCGCUUGGGUGCUGGGUCACUGUGUGAUUCGCUCUCGCCUCAGCAGACAGGACAACAACAACAGCAGCAGGGCCAUGGUGGCAGUCUGGGGCCAGUCCCAGCUUCCGACUCUGACAAACCAGCGAAGCAGAAACGACAUCGAACUCGGUUCACACCCGCACAACUCAAUGAGCUGGAGCGCUGCUUCGGCAAGACCCAUUACCCGGACAUAUUCAUGAGAGAGGAGAUCGCUAUGAGGAUUGGUCUCACAGAAUCCAGGGUUCAGGUUUGGUUCCAAAAUCGCAGAGCCAAGUGGAAAAAGCGAAAGAAGACGACAAACGUCUUCAGGACGCCCGGAGCGCUUUUGCCGUCCCACGGAUUGCCUCCCUUCGGCAGUAUGUCCGAAGGACUCUGUUCCACGGGCAUGUUCGGCGGUGCUGACAGCCGCUGGGGGGUUGGCGGCAUGACUCCAGGUCUCGGCCAGCUGAGCCAAGGCGGCGUCACUAUGGGAGGUUUUGGCCAGUCCAUCGGCCAGCUGAAUCAGGGAUCGGCCCUCACUUCGAGCCUCAACUCGGGUCUCCCUAUCACGUCCACCAUGUCUUCGAACGGUUCCACUGUGUACCAGGCGCACUACGGACUGAACAGUCUCGAUCCUGUUUUCUACGGACAUGAUGGAAACGAUAACCUCAACUGAAGACACUGGAGCGCUGUCAUCAACGGGGAACACGUUACCUCCGAAGCAGAAAGACAGACUGUGUGAUGUGAGCAGAAAGAAAUUACCUUUGUUCCUUGCAGUGUCCACCUUUUAACGAGAUUUUUUACGUUAAAUGUCGUGACAUUUUAAUCAUACCUGUAAAAAUUGUAGAUCAGCCGCGGCAGAACUCGACGAGAUCGGAGACAGACGCUGACAGUGUUAGAUCUUCCACCAGUUCACCCCGCAGCGUGAGAAGUAAGAUGUUAAACAUUGACAAAUGUGGACCAGGAUGGAGUGCGAAUACAAACCACAGCAGUUGAUACCAACACACAAAAUAGUUUAAAAAAAAAACGAGUGUCAGUCUACUAAAUCUUACUCAGCAGAUAAUCUUGAGGCGAUGGGAGUUUAGAAAUAUCGAACCAAAAGUCGUUCUUCCUGGACCUUGCUCCAUAUUCUGACAGAUUUCUACUUUACUUCGUCCCUUACAGCGUGUCGAAGCACUUCGUUUUUUCCGUCAGUACAUAGAAAACAUUAAAUCAGAGCAAUAAUUGUAUUUGAAUGUUUUUCUCAGGCACUGACACAAAUGUCAGUUCACUGAACUUGAUAAUUAAGACAAAAUAUAAGCCUCCGUAUUAAAGUUUAUAUCAUUCGAUUUACGUCAGCGUUUUCAGUGCCUUGAGCACAAUCAGACGCUUAUACGAGAUAAAAACAUCGACAAGUUAAUUAAAAUAAAAUAAAAAUAUUAUUUUGAAAUCAGCGUCUGUGUAAGCUUGUUUUGGGGGGCCCCCUACAUUUUGGGAAUCUACCCAAAUAUUGUACGUAGAAUUCCAAAUACGAACAUAGUAGCGGGAAUUUGUUUUAUUACGUAUUUAUUGCGUUGUGAAACAAUGGAGAUCGGAAAUGAAAUAAGUAGUUGAUACAAGUUCGUAAUACGGAAAUUCUUUGAUGAUGAAUAUCAGGUGUGGCUAACGUCUCGCGCUUUUUUCGAGUAAUUUGAUUCAAAGAUUUACGCGAGUCCUUUCGAGUUCCCCUAGCGGUAGCUUCUUCAAUUAUUCCAAAUAUUUGAAAAUACGUCAUUCUCAGAGACAGUGACAAAGAUGACGGAAAAUUAACUCAGUUCUGAGUAUCUCGUGAUUAUGUUACGGCUAAAUCUAGCGAUAAAUAUUUCGACACGGCCUUAACAUAUCCACUACGAACAAACAGCCUUGUGUAAUGUCUAGUCUACAUAAGCAAACACACACGUACUCAAGCCGAUUUCGUCAACUCGCUGCGAGAAUUUCUUCUGUUAAAAAGCUUGUGUUUAAUUUCACACGUACGUGGCUCGUUUUGAAAUUUCUUAUUUCGUAAUUAAAAGCCAGUGAAGGACUCAUGGCAAAAAUUAUAAUAGUGCUUUGCGGGGUCCUCAUCUUAGCCGCGGGAGAGGGGAUAACAUUUAUUUUCAUUGCCAAAAUUAUCAUUUAAGCUUCGGAUUAUAAAACAAAUAAUCUGAAGAAAAAAAUUAAUUUCUACUCACAUGCCUGGAUUAAUUGUGGUUAAAUGUCGUGAUACAGCCCGUGGCUUCUAAAUUUUGGUACAGGUCAACUUCUGGUUGUUUAAUUCUUUCAAAAGUACGAAAUUCUCGUCUAAUUAGGUUAUCUUAACUUACAAAUAAGACUUCUUAAAUCGUUCGAAAUUUAAACGCGGAUGGAACCGCGUGUUACUUAAAAAUCCAUAGGCCCUACGUAACAUCGCCUUUAACAACUGCCGUGUUUCAGCUGAUAACCAUUUUAAUAAAAACUUUUCAACAUUUCUAACGGAGACAGAACGUCCUUUCGUCCCAAUCACCAAAUAAUUAAACGCGUAAUUUAGUCGCUUAGUGAAACUCCUCGCUUUCAACUAAAAGAAAAGUUUUGCAUAUUAUUAAUCAUUCCGUUGUAAGGUAAAAUGAGCGUUCAGAGAAUUAAAAACUGAAACUCUCUCCCUCUUACCAAGUUUAACGUCGCCAUCAUCUCACAAGUAACAGACGCGACUUGUCAGCGAGAAGUCUAGGCUUAUAGCUCUCUGCCUGCCCUAUUUACGAACCAGGCACGCAGUUACAGAUGUUUAACUCUGUAAACAACUAUCUUUAGUUAACCCAAGGUCCACAGAUUAACAAAUUCAUCAAAAAUUUAUUCACACGAAAAUAUACAUUAAAAUUAAUGUAUUCCAAAGAAAAUUUCCUUUAUUUAAGGGAGUCCCCUCCCCCCUCCUUUUCAAAAAAAAAUAUAAAUUUUUCGUAUUUCAUGUUGGAUUUUUUUCGUAGUCAGUCAGAAGUAAAAUGAAAUUCUAAUAAAUCAGUUGAAAUACCAAAAGGUGAACUACGUUUUAUUUUCAGUCGCUAUAAAAUGAAGUCCCCGAAUUUUGGAGUUUCGGUGUUACUUGAUGUUGGUUAAUUAAGCCGAAACAUAUUUAUAUACGUCGUGUGUUGACGGAUUUUUAUAUUCCCAUAAUUUAAUCGCAACAGAACGCUCAGGUACAAAGUCUUACAAUUUGUUUGCAAUUUAUUCUGUAUUUUAUUAACAACGAAUGGACCGGUCACCAAAAUCUCCUGACCUCAAAAUUGUUGCUUUUCUAUCUUUGUCGCUAUUAAAAAUGUAUCUACGAGUAACUUCAAAGUUACCAGUCAAUAAAAGAACUUAAUUAUGAAGAAUUUAAGUAAGAACUUAGAUUUAUCCGGUGUGUAAGAUUAUCUACGCGAGUCGUAAGUGCAAGGCUGGUCACGUGCUACUUCGGUACACGUCAUAGGUUUCUGUCCUGAUCGUCAUUUGUCAUUAGUUUUCAUUUGGUCUUCACUUUGCUGUAUGUGAUUGGAAAAUGUCAAGGGACGACAUUUUGUCAUCGACAGACAACAUCGAUCUUUUGUAUUGGCUUCAGGUGUUGAAGUCUUAAGACGACAUCUGAGCUUCGAAGAUAAAAUUUCUGCCACUCUCGUGUACAGAAUUCCUCGUAAAUGGAUAUGAAUGUUAAAAAAGAUUUAUAUGGUCCCAUGAUGUUUAUCAGUAUAUUUAUAACACAAAUACUAUCUGAAACAUGCAUUAUUCGUAUGUACUUAGAAUGGAGUCUGAAAAUGUUCUACUUAAUCAUUUUCUAAAUCGAUAAAUUCGAGGCGAAUUUAAAUAAAUUUCGCCCCUUAAAAAGUUAUGGAGAAUUUAAAAGAUUCUCGUUAUCAUAAUUUUAUUUCAAUUAGUCGUCAUCGUAGAUGGCAUUAUAAGCAAUCAACUGUAUUUUAUAUAAGAAAAUGAAUUUGUACGUCGCUCAUUAUAGUAUACGAUUUUCCUGUACAAAGAUUUCUCUGAAUUAUCUGUAACAAAGUAUACCAAACGAUGUGGUCGUAAUAUCCGAAGUGAAUUUGUAACUUUGUCAUAUUAAUCCUCCCCCCAACCACAUUCAGCGUGACUUCACUUGUAAGCGAAAUUGCACUGGACACUAAUACGUAGUAAUUUUGCUCAAAGUUUAUCGGCUAAGUUCAAUACACUUUUAGUUUCGUGUACAACAAAACCUUAAGUUUCAUUCAAACACCGACACUUGUGUUAGAGGCGGGCCGUGAUUUGCUGACGAUUUUAAUACCGUUAAUACCGAAUAUAAGUGACAGCAGGGACGUCCGAAAUUUCGCCUGAGUCGUGUUAAAAAAAAACUCGUUUCAGAAAUGCCAUUUCAUAUAAAAUUAUUCGUAAAUCAAUCGGAAUAAAUUACACGUAAAAGUGUCUCUAUUGUCGCUCCUUGUUGUCUGUAGACUUCUACCAAACUACGCCGUGAGUACCUCAAAUAAUACUCACAAUAUAUUUUUUUCAUACUUCGAGGAAAAAUAAAUAAUGUUUACCGUCUGAAAUAGUGUAAUGAAACAUUUUACACUAAACCGAUCACAGCCCCAAGUGUCCUGCCAUUCGCACUUAAACACAAAACUGAAACCUAGAUGGCAGCACGGACUAAACCACAAAAAAGUUAUUGCGUUACGUUUUAUAAGUUGACUCAAAAUUAACUAUAUUUCCGUCCCCCUCUCUGCCAUUGACUUGGCCAAAGAAUUUAUGGAAAUUUCACGUUAUCCCCCCCCCACCCGCCGGGCAGAUGGUUUAUUUGAAUAAGCUAUUCUUUUAAUCUAGCAGACCACGACACCCAGAGAAGUCACGCGGCAUGGAUCGGACCUCGUCCGAAUCUACCGACUGAGUCCACGUUCGCAGAAACGGGACACUCUGAUUGGUAGUUUGUGUGUAACCCGUAACAACGCGAUCUCCUUCCCUGUCCAUAGUACGGACUGUGGUGAAUCCACACGAAUCGCUUAGAAGAGAAGUCAUGCCGGUAACCAGUCUUGUUUAUAUAUUUUUGUGAGCUGGCUUCAAGCUGCGAUGGAAGUUUGUGUGAGUACUCGUGUGAUGCGUGAGAUUUGAGACAUUCAUUUAGUUCUCAUGAGAUAACUUACAGUUCAGAAUGAAUGCUACAUUACGUCUGAAAAUGUAACAAGAGAAAAAUAAUGUAGAUAUUAGAAUAUAUUGUACAAAGAAGCUCUGUAUCCCUGGUGUUUUUAUUUAUGGACUUAAUAGAUAUAAGAAAGCUUUAAGGUAAUAAAACAAAUCAACAUUCAACUAAAACUUUAAAGAAAUGUCAUUAAAGUGUAAAGAUUUUAAAAAAAAUGUACAGAGUUGCUGUAUACGUAACUUUAGGGUAAUUUUGUGUAACUGUGUGCAGGCAUCCAAGGACGCAAUUAUGUUGUGAAUCAAACAAUUUAGUGGAGAAUGUUGUGGUUCAUGUGCAAACCUGGGUUGUGCAAUAAAGAAUGUACAUAAUCCA